AGGGAUUAAUUUAUUGCAAGUGUGCAACAUAUCCAUGAUUAAAAGUCAAUGCUAUUUAAAAAAUUACCGAGUAUAUUAAUUUAGUUAGGUGAAAAUCAAUUAUUUAGCUUAGGUGCCUCAAUCUUCAUGCUUGGCUGGAAUGAAUCUUACCACUAAGAAAAAAGUUGAAUUGCCCUCUUGCAGUAUGUGAUGAGAGCAAUUAGCUUGUGUUAGUCCUUAUUGAAAUCUUUUUGGCUACUUUAUGAAAGACUUCCUAAAAAAAAUCUUAGAACAAAGAAUGUUUUACUUAUUGAACUAUAGGGCGUCAUUUUUCAUAUUCAUAUGGUAAUAUUUGACUGUGAUUCUAGAAAAUUAUUCUCAUUAUGUUGUUAAAAUGAUUCUGAACCGACAUACCUUCAUUUUUAAUCUUCAACCUUUUUUUAAAGAAGUCAUUUUUUUUAUCCACUCAAAUUAAAUUGAGUGGAUAUUUCAAGUAAUCAGCGCAAAACCUAUUCAUGUGCUAAUACAUUAGCUAGCAUUUACAGUCCAAACUCCAAAACCAUCUUUUGCCCACUGUUUUCCAUUGAUGGUAAAGAGGCUUUUACUUUCUAUGUUACAAAUAUUCUCAAGGAAAUGAGUGAACUGUGUAUUCCUAGUGGCAGAAUAAAAGUAUGAAAGUUUCAUUGCUAUUUAUAUGUCAGCAUGUUUAAAUAUUUUUCUUGUCCCGUUUGACUAUUUUAAAGUAAUCAGUACUAUGCUCUGCCUUUAGCAGCAUAAUAGGUGUGGUUGAUAAUGAUGAAAGUUGAACUCAUAAAAUGAAUAAUAUUAACAUAUGGUAAUUCAAUUGAAAACAUUGAAAUAGGGGGAGGGGUAAUCUUCUUACUUUUAAAGGUAGAUACUUUAUUUUAUUUUAUGCUGCAAUAUAAUGCUGGAAACGUUGCUGAUGAGAGGUUUUCUAUAUUACUCCAUUGCUCUCAGUGGUGGAGGAUCAACUACAGUUGCACCGGUACAUGAUGGUUAUGUUCUUCAAAAGGCUGUGGCAACAUCUCCAAUUGGAGGAGAAUUUCUUACAGACUGCUUGAUGAAAAGCUUGGAAAGCAAGGGUAUUGUGAUGAAACCUCGGUAUUCCUUUAGGAUAAAGGAAAUUCGCCCGGGAGAGUUUCAGGUUAUCAAAAGCAUUAAUAAGUGCGACGUAGACAUUCGAAGAGAAUUAUUUAGCAGCAUACUGGGUAACAAGGUUUUUGGAAUUCAACAGGAUAAGGCUAAUGAAAAUUAUCGGAAAUGAGACGCAAGCAGAUAUUUUUUCGGUCCAUUAUCACGGUUUUUAAAUCUCCAAUAUUGUUAUUUCCUUUUUAAUUAGUAUGCUUCCAUUGAAACUACAGAUUUAUUCCAUGAAAACAUGAUAAUUAAAAAUGAAAUAACAAUAUUCGAGUUUCAAAAAGGGUGAUAAUGGACCGAAAGAACUCAUUUUCGAUAAUUUGCAUUACUUUGGUCCAGCCCUUUAGCAAAUGUUUGUUACCUUGGUUGAGAAAGAAGGUCAGGCCCACUGAUUCUUCUUUUCCUCUUCAAAUAACCAAGAGUUGAGAUCUUGAUAAUUGGAUUUAAGAUUAGGAAUAAUUUCAAAUAUUGUUUAAGAAUAUCUAUCCACUAAAAAUGACUACAUAUUUAGACUUUGUAGUUGAGAAAAACUUAUGUUUAAUUAUUUUUUA